UUGGUGUGUCUCAAAAACUGAAGGCAAAACAGAGAAAGCUCUAGCUCUGAAUGAUGGAUAGAAGGCACUGUUACAAGGAUUUGCUGCCUUUGGUGGUGCUUGUUGCCAACGAAUGCAACAACACAGGCUUGUUCACUCUCUUCAAAGCAGCCACACUGCAAGGGAUGAGCAACUAUGUCUUUGUCACCUAUGCCUAUUCUGUUGCCCUUCUUGUACUCCUUCCUGUCACUUUUUUCUACAGAAGAUCAAGAGUGGUUCCUCCACUCAGUUUUUCCAUCUUAUCCAAAAUUGCUCUUCUUGGAGUGAUAGGGAGUUCAUCUCAGAUCUUGGGCUAUGCUGGCAUCCGUUAUAGUUCUCCCACACUUUCCUCUGCAAUCAGCAACCUCACUCCUGCAUUCACCUUCAUGCUUGCUGUCAUUUGCAGGAUGGAAAAGAUAGCUGUAAAACGUAGAACAACCCAAGCUAAGAUAUUGGGCAGCAUAAUAUCAAUAUUAGGUGCAUUUGUUGUGACUUUCUACAAAGGCCAAUCGAUCAUCAUAGCAGAUAAUUCCCCUUCCAUUCAACUUCCACAAUCAAAUGGCAUUCUUACUUCAGUGGAUAGAAAUUGGGUCAUUGGUGGCCUUCUGCUCACAGCUUGCAAUAUACUACUUACUGUAUGGUUCGUUUACCAGGUUGAAAUCUUGAAGGAGUUCCCGGAUGAACUAACUAUGGUCUUCUUUUACAACUUGUGUGCAGCCAUUGUAGCCUCAAUUAUAGGCUUAUUAGGGGAGAAAAACUCAAGUGCUUGGAAAAUAAGACCAGAUAUAUCACUGAUCUCUAUUGUUUGCACUGGAAUAUUUAACAAGUUCCUGAGUAGUGCAAUAUAUGCAUGGGGAAUACACUUAAAGGGCCCUGUAUAUGUAGCAAUGUUCAAGCCUCUCUCAAUUGUUAUUGCGGUUGCCAUGGGUGUUAUGUUCCUUGGUGAUUCUCUAUAUGUUGGAAGUAUAAUUGGAGCCACAAUAAUAUCAAUUGGGUUUUAUACUGUGAUGUGGGGCAAAGCAACUGAACAGAAGGAAGAGGAGGAGGAGGAGGAAAAUGUUGGUAGCCAGGAAUCGUCAAUUACUGAGAACAUUCCUCUUUUGCAAAGCUAUAUAACUGUAAAUUCUACGAAGAAAAUAGAUGGAAAUGUAUAGACCACCAACUACAGAGAAAUGAGAAUUUUCCUCUUCUGCAAAGCUACAAAAUUGUAAAUUCUGAAUAGAAGACAGGUGGAGGUGUAUAGAAGACAAAUAUAAACUGUUUGCACCUCUUUAGUCUUGGCAUUGUAGAAAAUCUUAGAGACCAUUUUUUAUCACAGAACAGCAUAUUGUUGUGAAGGUCCUUUGGUUUCAUUGUUCCCUGAGUGGCCUAGUUGUUACCCCUUUGCAAGACAGUGUAUGGAAGAUUUUCAGCAGUGGUUCACUAGAUUUAUGGCAAUGAAUGGGAAUGCAUUUAGUAAAAUUUCUUUGUUCUAUGCCUUCAUCAAGAAGCAAGGUUUUUGAUAAAUAGCCAGCUGUUAAAGUAAAGAAAACAAUGAAACUAUGCCUUAUUUCCUUACCCCUCCUCUUUGCCAACCCAAUUUCCACUUCUCUCAAGUGUGCAUCUUCUACUUCUGCGAUCUGCUAUGGAACUGUGAGGCAGCUAGAAGAAAUAUAUAUGCCACUGUGUUUCAUGUUUUCAAGUCAUCAGAUCAGACAUUGCUAAAGUUAUUGAAUGUGCUGCAGAAAUAUCUGAAGUUGCUGCUGGGGUAGUGCAGGACAUAUAUGAAGAAAGGGGUAUUUAAAAUUUCACAUGCAGUACUUGUCUAAGCUUCAUAAAGGAGCUGAAGAACAGGAAAAUAAUUAGAAAAUCACAGUAGUUGUUCAUCUAUUUCAUUUCAUUUCCCAAAUGUCUCCAGAACUUUCUAGAAAUUAUAGAUAGGCAGUGUGUAUGUGUGUGUAAAAUCUGAUUUGUAUUAUAGUAUUUGAGUAACAUUGGUAAGUUAAUUUAUAGAAGGCUGAUGAUGAUGUAAUUAAGAUGUCACCAAUUUUAUUAAGAUUAAAAUAGUAAUUGUACAGAAUUAACUCUUACUAAAUACAUAUCCA